UCCGAGAACCCGGGCGCGGCGUCUCAGAGCCAGGCGCUCACCCCCCGCGGCUUGGCCUCCGACCCGCGCAGCGCUCGCGAGUCCUUCCCCGGCCGCGGCUCCGCACGGCGAGGGUUGGGGACGCCUACUUCCCUGGGCGCCCAGCUCUGCCCGCUGAGACUCAGAGACUCUGCACGCUACACUGGGAUCCAGUGAGUGACUCCGGCAAUGCUGCCCCGAUGGGAACUGACUCUUUACCUGCUUGCUUCCCUGGGCUUCCACCUCUACUCAUUCUAUGAAGUUUACAAAGUCUCCAGGGAACAUGAAGAUGAACUGGACCAAGAAUUUGAGCUGGAGACGGACACUCUCUUUGGAGGACUGAAGAAGGACCUGACUGACUUUGAGUGGAAUUUCUGGCUGGAGUGGGGGAAGCGGAGCCUGGUGUGGCUCUUCCUUGGCCAUGCAGCUGUGUCUCAGGUGGCCAUGCUGCUCGCAAAGAAGCACAGACCCUGGAUCGUCAUGGUCUAUGGAAUGUGGGCCUGUUGGUGUGUGCUGGGGGCCCCAGGUGUGGCCAUGGUCUUUCUCCACGCCACCAUCGCCUUCAGCGUGGCCCAGUUCCGGUCAGUGCUCCUGUCCUGGCUGUGUUCUCUCCUCCUGCUCUCCACCCUGAGACUGCAAAGUGUGGAGGAGGUUAAGAGGCAGUGGUAUAGGACAGACAGUGAAUACUACCUGCUGCAGUUCACGUUGACUGUUCGCUGCCUGUUCUACACCAGCUUCAGCCUGGAGCUGUGCCGGCAGCCUGUGCCUGCCCAGCCGGCCUCCUCUUCUUUCCCGUGGCUGCUGGCCUACGUCUUUUAUUAUCCUGUCUUCCACAACGGACCCAUCCUCAACUUCCCAGAGUUCUACAAACAGAUGCAGCAGCCAGAGCUCAGCUCUCCGAAGCAAAGCCUUUGCAUUCUAGCCAAGGGCCUGGGCCGCCUGCUCUGCUGGUGGUGGCUGGCUGAAUUGAUGGUCCACCUCAUGUUCAUGCAUGCCCUCUACAGCAGCCCCCUCCUGGAGAGCGUUUCCUGCUGGACCUUAGGAGGACUGGCCCUGGCCCAAGUACUCUUUUUCUAUGUGAAAUACUUGGUGCUCUUCGGUGUUCCGGCCCUGCUCAUGCGCCUGGACGGGCUCACACCGCCACCCCUUCCCCGCUGCGUCAGCACCAUGUUCAGCUUUACCGGGAUGUGGAGGUAUUUUGAUGUUGGACUACACAAUUUCUUGAUCAGGUAUGUGUACAUUCCACUGGGCGGUUCCCAGCGUGGCCUGCUGGGAACACUGCUUUCUACCGCGAUGACGUUUGCUUUUGUGAGCUACUGGCAUGGUAGCUAUGAAGACCUCUGGUGCUGGGCAGCGCUCAACUGGCUGGGAGUCACCGUGGAGAGUGGAGCCCAGAGGCUGCUGGAGAGGCGCUGUAUCCGGGAGACCUUGACCCGGUACCUCUCCCCGCAAGCUCGCCGCCGGCUGCACGCUCUGCUUGCCUCUUGCUCGACCUCCAUGCUGAUCUUGUUCAACCUGGUAUUUCUCGGGGGGAUUCAAGUUGGCAAAACCUACUGGGACAGGCUCUUCCUGCAAGGCUGGCCAUGGGUGACCCUGUCUGUCCUGGGGUUCCUGUACUGUUAUUCACAUGUGGGUAUCGCCUGGGCUCAGACAUACACAGUUCUCUAAUGCUACUGGCCAGGCCAGCCUGGCUAUCAGCCUUCAAGGGACAUGGCAUUUCAACUGGACCUCUUACUCUGAGACCACCCCUGAGGACACUUUCCACUCCAGGACCACCCCUGAGGACACCUUCCAUUCUGAGACCACCCCUGAGGACACCUUCCAUUCUGAGACCACCCCUG